AUGUCGUCGGCGCCGAUCGUGACCGUUGUUACCGAGUGGAACCGGAUGCGCGAGUGCGUCAGCGAGAACCUUGUGCACCUGCACGGUGCACUGCAGCACGAGGGUCGGGUGUACUUUGUCACCGACUUCUGCUCCAAGGGCACGCUCGGCUGCUUCCUGCGCGAGAGCCCGCUCAAGCUGGACUGGUCGCUGCGGCGGUCCUUGGUCCUCGACAUCAUCAACGGUCUCGAUUACCUGCACCACUCUGCGGUCGGCUACCACGGCGCGCUGACCUCCAGCGCCUGCCUGCUGGACGGCAGGUUCACCAUCAAGCUGACCGGCUUCGGCAUGAGGGGCGUCCGCAGGCAGGAGCCGCGCAUCCGAACCCCAGGCGUGUCCGAGAUCCUGCAGUGGGUGCGCGCCGGCACGACGCCGCCGUACCGGCCGGACGUUUCCCGCGACGACUGCGACGACGUCCUGUUCGAGAUGAUGCGCCUCUGCUGGGCGGAGAACCCCAGCGAGCGGCCGCGCUCCGCCGACCUCCGGCGCCAGCUGAGCAGGAUCGUCACGACCAGCUCGAGUGUGGUGGACGACCUGCUGCAACGCAUGGAGCGCUAUGCCAACAACCUAGAGGAGCUGGUGGUAGAGAAGUCGGCCGCUUUUCUCGAGGAGAAGGGCCGCUCUGAGGAACUGCUGUACCAAGUGCUUCCCAGGUACAUCGCCGAGCAGCUGAAGCGAGGCCACCAGGUGCGGCCCGAGAACUUCGAGUCCGUCUCCAUCUACUUCUCCGACAUCGUCGAAUUCACCGCGCUCUCGGCGAGCAGCACGCCACUCGAGGUCACCGCGGGUCGCGGCGGGAUCGUGGACAUGCUGAACAGCCUUUACACGGUGUUUGACCAGAUAAUAUCCAACUACGACGUGUACAAGGUGGAGACCAUUGGUGACGCGUACAUGGUGGUCUCGGGAUUGCCAGUCCGAAACGGCAACCUGCACGGGCAGCAGAUCGCGCUCAUGUCCAUCGCGCUACUGGAGGCUAUUAAAAAGUUUCGCGUGCCGCACCGUCCGACGUACAAGCUGCAGCUGAGGAUCGGCGUGCAUACUGGUCCGGCGGCGGCCGGCGUCGUCGGCCUCAAGAUGCCCCGAGCCGCCCGCAAAGCGGCGCUCAGCGAACGGUGGGAGCGGUGA